AAAAAAGUUGCAUAAUGUAGAAGCCCAUGUUGAAGAUGAGAGAAAAUAGAACCACAUUCCAUAAACCCAAAAUAGCAAUCAGCUCAUCUGUCAGCGCCACAGGUGACCGGAAAACCACGGCCGGCGUUCCUGCUUCUCUACCCGGUCCGAAUUGCUGACCGGAUCAACCCGAGACCUUGCAGGAUUAUCGAUCUGAUUGCGGCAUGAUCCGCUUCAUCCUGCUGCAGAACCGGCAGGGGAAGACUCGACUGGCCAAGUAUUACGUCCCGCUCGAGGACUCGGAAAAGCACAAGGUUGAAUACGAGGUACACCGGCUCGUGGUCAAUCGGGACCCUAAGUUCACCAACUUCGUCGAGUUUCGCACACACAAAGUUAUCUACAGGAGAUAUGCUGGACUGUUUUUUUCAAUAUGUGUGGACAUAACUGAUAAUGAAUUGGCAUACUUGGAAUGCAUUCACUUGUUUGUCGAGAUAUUGGACCAUUUCUUUAGCAAUGUUUGUGAGCUCGAUUUAGUGUUUAAUUUUCACAAGGUUUACCUGAUACUAGAUGAAUUUAUUCUUGCUGGGGAGCUGCAAGAAACAAGCAAAAAGGCAAUAAUUGAGCGAAUGGGUGAACUGGAGAAGCUGGAAUGACGAAGACCAGGAAGAUGCUGCCGCGUGUGUUGUAUUCCAAUUUGUAUUAUUCGUUUCAGGUGUUUUACAUUUGCUCUCCUGGUUCGUUCCGGCUGACAGCGUGAUGCCCAUGCUGUCACUCGAAAGAAUGGUAGUAGUAGCUAGCAUGAGUACAUUAUAAACGUACCUUCGAAAACAUAAUAAUUUCCCAGCAAUUAUUUCGUUCCCCUCUGCAGUGAAAAUGAAAAAGACAAAACAGCGCGUUAUUCGUGCGACUAUGUUUGCAGUGCCGACCAGCUGCAGCUGCAGUGGGCCUAUCAAUUAUAGGGCUGGCAAGGAAUUUUCUCAAUCAUA